AUGAAAAAUCUCAUCCUGAGCCUGUCAUGCGUGUUCCUCGCGCUGGCUCGCCGGGGCGGCGCCCAAUGCCCGGCGGAGUCGCUCUCAUUCUCUCCAAUCCUCUAUCCAGGCCCAAGCGAGGUCCAAUUCACCUCUUGUGACAGCGGAGCGGACGGCCCUCGAGUCUUUCCGAUCAACGCGACUACAUUUGACUGGUGGUACUUUGACGCGGUUUCGGGCGACGGCACCCAGGCGCUCACCGUUAUCUUCUUCACGUCUUCUUACCUCGGAUUCAGCUUUGACCUCCUAAACGCAAUCGACCCGUUGAACGUCUACAUUUUUGCCAAUACUGGGUCAGGAACGCCCAUCUCGUUUCCCGUCGCCGCAACUUCGGUGACGAUCGACACAGUCGGCGAUGGCGCUUCCGGUGACUGGGUUGGAAGUGGAAUCAGUUUCCAAGGUUCCCCUGAUUUGAGCACAUACACCCUCACAUUCGACAAGACGCUACUCAACUUGGGCAUCGAGGGAACUUUUACCUUGAAGACCCGCGGGCCAGGGCACUACGUAUGUGGUCCCUUGGAGGGAGACCAGCCAGAGGAAGUGCUACCUCAUGUCGGCUGGGUGAAUGUCAUGCCUGCCGCUGAUGCUGAGGUGGACGUGAAGGUGCUGGGCAAACCAUUGAAAUUCUCCGGGAAUGGCUAUCAUGACAAGAACUGGGGCGAUGUCCCAUUCAUCUCUGCCUUGAAUAGCUGGUACUGGGGCCAUGGAACAUUCGGCGACUACAACAUCGUCUUCUUCGAUAUGCUCGACCCCAACAACGAAGAAAAAGUCGGCGGCUACGUGUUGAAGGACGGCGAAGUCGUGGGCUCGACCUGCACCACGGGCUUGAAAGUCCGCCCGGUCGGAACGCCGUAUCCCCCGACCUUGCUCACCGCGAAUCCCACUCAGCUAACCAUCAACAUGACCCUAAGUGACGGCAGCACCUUGAAUGCCGUCGUGACAGAAAAAGCCACCCAGAUAGACAUCGGACUCUAUACACGGUGGAUCGGCGACAUCGAAGGCACUGUGAACGGCGUCACCAUGUCUGGCAGCGCACUAUGGGAGCAGUUCAAGACCCAAGUCUAA